AUGGACCUGCACAGCUGUGCGUACGGCUCUGGUAGCAAGCAUACUGUGGUCAUCAGCAAGGUGCCACUGCCAAGGUACCGUUCAGAGUUUGAUGCAGGGUCCACUGACAGCUGCAUUGGAAUGAGCAACGAGACAAGACAGCAAGUUCAUGAGAUGCUCAGCACAAUGGAGCCGGUGGAGCCAGUGGAGCCAGUGAAGCCAUCUCUUCAAGGGGCCAUGCAGGAUGUCCAGUACAUCAGCAGUGCCCCAAUGCAUGUGGGCCCCUCUCAGAGAUCAUUUCACGGAAGCAUCUCUUCACGCCGAGGCUUAGAUCGGGGUGGGCGUGUGGUUCAUCUUGCUCUGAUGAAUCUACGAGAUAUGAACUUUUUGCCAUCGGUGAUGUUAUCAGACACAAAAGACAGAAUACACCCAGGGACAACAAAGACUUCUGCAAGGUGA